CGUGCGUCGCAUCGUCCACCGGAACGAUUUGUGUUCAUUUGGAUCGAUAAAUUAGCAAAAAUUGAAGUUUUGAACUAAAUCCAAAGCAAGUGAAGUACCUGGAAGAAUAUGGAUGACGAAGAGGAAACAUACAGACUAUGGAAGAUUCGCAAAACCAUCAUGCAGUUGUGCCACGACAGAGGCUACCUGGUGACACAGGACGAGUUGGACCAAACACUGGAGGAGUUCAAGAGUCAGUUUGGAGACAAGCCCAGUGAGGGUCGUCCCAGACGCACAGACCUCACUGUGCUGGUGGCGCACAACGAUGACCCCACUGAUCAGAUGUUUGUUUUCUUUCCUGAGGAGCCAAAGGUGGGAAUCAAAACCAUCAAGAUGUACUGUCAAAGGAUGCAGGAGGAGAACAUCACACGAGCCAUCAUUGUUGUUCAGAUGGGCAUGACACCUUCUGCCAAACAGUCUUUAGUAGACAUGGCGCCCAAAUAUAUAUUGGAACAGUUUCUACAACAGGAGCUGCUUAUUAACAUCACAGAGCAUGAGCUUGUUCCAGAGCACAUUGUUAUGACAAAAGAAGAAGUGACUGAACUCCUGGCAAGAUAUAAAUUAAAGGAAAGUCAGUUGCCAAGGAUCCAAGCUGGGGACCCUGUGGCUCGUUACUUUGGCUUGAAAAGAGGACAGGUAGUAAAGAUCAUCAGACCGAGUGAAACAGCUGGGAGGUACAUCACAUACAGACUGGUUCAGUGACAGAUUUUGUUCUGGAUCAACAUUUCUGACCAGUGACAGGAACUGAAGAUACAUCUUUCAUCCAUGGAUUAUCCUUCUGCUUUUG